UACUGCAUUGGCGAUAUCAAGUGGAAAUUCCCCGUGUCUAUUUUCUCUAAAGAUACUAUUCAUUAACCAUCGCGGUCCGAAUAUUGAGAGCGUAGUAGAAGUAUGCGAAUUGAAAUUCAGGAUAUUGAAGGACGCUAAUAUUCUCAUCAUCCAACACAACGCAUCCACACGCUUCCAAAUACACAGUAAUAACUUAAGGUUCAUCAACUGAAAUCUGUGUGACACUGUUGUAAAGAUGUUUAUUAAAGAGGAGAGUGAAGACAUGGAUUAUCCAGAAACAUGCAGAAUUAAAACAGAACACACUGAGGAACAAACAGUGUUGGAAUUCAAAGAGGAAUAUCAAGAACCAAAUGAAGUGGAGGAGGAGCAUCCAUAUCCUCAUCAUGUCAUAACUGGAGAAACAUCAUUUAGUGGCUCUCAAACAAGAAAGAAGAGUUCCUCGCAAAAAAGAACUAAAAGAACCUACACCUGCCCUCAAUGUGGAAAGACAUUUACGCGUAAAGGGAAUCUUUUGGUCCACAUAAGUCUUCACGAUGGCAAGAGCCCGUUCACUUGCCCUCAAUGUGGAAAGAUUUUCUCACAGAAAGGAAGUCUUCAGAGACACAUACGAAUUCACACCGGAGAGAAGCCAUACACAUGCAUUCAGUGUGGAAACAGUUUCACAGAUGCAGGAAGUCUUAAGAGACACAUAAAACUGCACACCGGAGAAAAGCCUUUCACGUGUCUUCAGUGUGGGAAGAGUUUCAUACAGGCAGUAGGUCUGAAAAACCAUGUGUGUCCUCAAUCUGAUAGAAGGUUAUGGAACUGUGAUCAUUGUGGUAGAAAUUAUACUUCUGCAGUAUACCUAAAAAGACACCAGAAACGUCAUGCAAAUGAGAGCAACACACAAGAGCAGCAGGAAGAACAUAUUGGUGCGAGAGCACAUGUGUGCUCUGAUUGUGGGAAGGCCUUUACUAAAAGCAGUGACUUGGGACGGCACCAAAGAAUCCAUACUGGAGAAAAACCGUACAUGUGCUCACUUUGUGGAAAGUGUUUUUCUCAGUCAGGAACCCUGAAGGCACAUCAGAGAGUGCACACUGGAGAGAGGCCAUACCACUGCAUUUCAUGUCGAAAGACUUUCAACCAACCAAGUUCUCUGCUGUCACAUAGAAGGAAGCAUUGUCCAGUGUGGCUUGGUAUGGCUACAAUGCAUUAUCUGCAGUGAUGAAUCAAAUGUUCUAUGUAAUCAGCAUAGGAAUAAGAACAUUUGUUAAAAAAAAAAAAAAAAGUUUAGGGGAGGUUAAAGUAUAAACCAAAGACAGGUAACUUGACUGGUAAAAAUGUCCGUCAAGCAUAUGUUUGCAGUGAAAAGCAAUUGAAGAACAGUUCUGGCCAUGUUUAAAACACUGUGAAGUUGAAAGGUGUUUAAUGUGGAAAAGCGUGUCUCGAUCCUUGCGUUCUGUUCCAUUCGGUUGCACUCCAUCUAACUUCCAGUUUGAACAGCACCACUGGGCUCAGGUAUGUGCAGUUAUCACAUUGAGGUACAAACUAAUCUGCAAUUGCAACUUCACAACAUUGUUCAAAGAAUACCACUACAAUCUGGGAAGCUGGUGUCCAGCAAUAAUUAACACAGACCUCGAAGCAUUUAUUUUGUUGUUUUCAUUUUUACUUAAGAUUUCACAAUAUAAACUGGUAAAGUUGGGUAAAAGUUGUUGGGCUUACAACCCCAAUUCCGAAAAAGUUGGGACAGUAUGAAAAAGGCUAAUAAAAACAAAAAUGAGUGAUUUGUAAAUUAUACAAAUAAUUUUGCUAUAUUGAAAGCUCUACCACUACACAUUAUAUGAUGUUUACCCUGUGAAUUUCAUUGUUUUUUCUAUACAUUUUCAAUUAAUUUCAAUGUAAUUUCAAAUAAAAUGAUUGCAACCACUCUGAAACAUCACUAUUUCUUCUAAUAACACCUAUUAAGCAUUUGGGCACUGAAGACACAAGUUUGUUAAGUUUAGAAAGUGCAAUUUUCCCACAUUCAUCCAUUAUGUAGAUCUUCAGCUGCACAAUAUUAUGGGGUCUUCGUUACCAUAUGGUGUGCUUCAUAAUGUGCCACACACUCUCAAUUAGAGACAGGUCAGGACUGCCGGCAGGCCAAUCUAGCACCCAUACACUCUGCUUACACAGCCAUGCACAUGUAAUCUGGGCAGUAUGUGGUUUGAAGUUUGCAGAGACAUCCCUUGAAAGGACGUGCUGGAUGGCAGUAUAUGUUGCUCCAAAAGUUGUACAUUUCUGUCUGCAUUCAUGGUGUUCUCACAGAUUUGUGAGUUACUCAUACAUGGGUUCUGACACACCCCUGGCCCAUACAAACACUGGCUUUUGGACCUGAUGCUAAUAAUAGCUUGGAUGGUUUUCACUUUUUCGUCUUUGGGCCGGAUAACAUGACGGCUGUGUUUUUCAAAAACUUUUUGAAAUGUGGACUCGUCGGACCAAAAAACAUGAUUCCAUUGUCCUACUUUCCAUCUAAGAUGAGGCCAAGCCCAGAGAAGUCUGCAGCACUUCUGGACAGUGUUUAUGUACAGUUGAAGUCAGAAGUUUACAUACACUUAGGUUGAAGUAAUUAAAAUUCAUUUUUUAACCACUCCACAUAUUUCAUAAUUAGCUUCAGAUCUGCUAAUUGGAGUCAAUUGCAGGUGUACCUGUGGAUGUAUUUUAAGGCCUACCUUCAAACUUAGUGCCUCUUUGCUUGACAUUUUGGGAAAAUCAAAAGAAGUCUGCCAAGACCUCAGAAAAUAUAUUGUGAACCUCCACAAGUUUCCAAAUGCCUGAAGGUACCACGUUCAUCUGUACGAACAAUAAUACACAAGUAUAUACACCAUGGGACCACGCAGUAUGAUUACCGCACAGGAAGGAGAUGCAGUCUGUCUCCUAGAGAUGAACAUAGUUUGAUGCGAAAAGUGCAAAUCAAUCCCAGAACAACAACAAAGGACCUUGUGAAGAUGUUUGAUGAAACAGGUAGACAAGUAUCUAUAUCCACAGUAAAAAGAUUCCUAUAUCGACAUAACCUGACAGGCUGCUCAGAAAGGAAGAACCACUGCUCAAAAAGUGCCAGACUACAGUUUGCAAGUGCACAUGGGGACAAAUAUCUUACUUUUUGGAGAAAUGUCCUCUUGUCUGAUGAAACAAAUAUAGAACUGUUUAGCCAUAAUGGCCAUCGUUAUGUUUGGAGGAAAAAGGGUGAGACUUGCAAGCCGAAGAACAUCAUCCCAACUGUGCCAUGGGGGUGGCAGCAUCAUGUUGUGGAGGUGCUUUGCUGCAGGAGGGACUGGUGCACUUCACAAAAUAGAUGGCAUCAUGAGGAAGGAGAAAUAUGUGGAUAUAUUGAAGCAACAUCUCAAGACCUCAACCAGGAAGUUAAAGCUCGGUUGCAAAUGGGUCUCCCAAAUGGACAAUGACCCCAAGCAUACCUCCAAAGUUGUUGCAAAAUGGCUUAAGGACAACAAAGUCAAGGUAUUGGAGUGGCCAUCACAAAGCCCUGACCUCAGUCCAAUAGAAAAUUUGUGGGCAGAACUGAAAAAGCGUGUGCGAGCAAGGAGGCCUACACACCUGACUCAGUUACACCAGUUCUGUCUGGAGGAAUGGACCAAAAUUCCAGCAACUUAUUGUGAGAAUCUUGGAAAAGGCAACACAAAAUGUCUGAGCCAAGUUAAACAUUUAAAGUGUGUGUAAACUUCUGAACCACUGGGAAUAUGAUGAAAGAAAUAAUAGCUGAAAUAAAUAAUUCUCCCUACUAUUAUUCAGAAAUAGUGAUACUAACCCACUUAAAACAGGUUUUUUAAUGAUUAUUAAAAUUGAGUUUAAAUGUAUUUGGCUAAGGUGUAUGUAAACUUCUGACCAACUGUAGGGCUUCUGCUUUACAUAAUAAAGUUUUAACUUGCAUAUGUGGAUGCACCGGUGAAUGGUGUUGACUAAUAAAUGGUUACUAAAAUAAUCCCAAACCCAUGUUCAUGAUAUCCAUUACAGAUGAAUGAGGUUUUUUUAAGAUGUCUGAGGGAUUAAAGAUCACACAUAUUCAGAAGGGGUUUUUCGUCUUGCCCCUUACGCACCGAGAUUUGACCAGAUUACUUGAAUCGUUUAACUAUAUUGUGCACUGUAGAGGGUGAAAUGCCCCAAAUCCUUCCUAUUUGUCUUUGGGGAACAUUGUUCUCAAAGUGCUGGAUUAUUUGCUGAAGCAUCUGUUGGCAAAUUGACAAAUCUCGAAUGAUCCUUGCUCUUGAAGGACUAGGCUGUUUUUGGAGGAUCCUUACAUACUAUGACACAAUUGCCUCACCUGAUUAACAUACUGUUUAACAUUUCGUAUUGCCUUGUUAUUUUAACUCAUCAAAUUGUUAUUAGUCUUAAAUUGCCCAUCUCAACUUUUUUGGAGCGUGUUGCAAUCAUCUGAUUUGAAAUGACUAUAUUAAAAAAACAAUAACUUUUACAAGGUCAUCAUAUUACGUGUAGUAGUUCAGGUGAGUUCAGGUUCAAGGUGAAUAUAAUUUAUAAAUCACUCCUUUUUGUUUUUAUUAGCAUUUUGCAUACUGUCCCAACUCUUUUGGAAUUAGGGUUGUACAUACCCUAAACCGACAGACGAUGUCUCAGGAAUGUGAUUGGCUCUUUUAACUGUAAGGCGGGACUACAAUUCUUAGAGCCGCCAUAUUUAGCUUUAUGAUUUCUCUUAUUCAUAUUCAUAAGAAUACCAGUAACACGUCUCAAACUAUACUGUCUCUGUACAAGCUUAAAAGCCUAGGGAAUGUUGUUGCCCACAAUUUGUGUUAAUACUUUUAUGAUUUAGAGGAACACUAGUACUGAGACAGCAGUGACAACGUAAAUUGUUAUUUUUGUUGAAUGUUGAUAAAAAUAUGUGUUGCCAAAAAAGGUUUAUUAUUCCAUUCUUCCUAUUGUGUAUUUUGGCAUGAGGUUUCUUAAGUUUGCAUUGGGUAUAUUAAUGACAAAUGUAAUUUGUUGUAUUUAUUAGAGAGGCUAAUCUGUAUUGUAUCUUCUGCUGACUGUACAUGCAAUGACAGAAAUAAAAAUGAUCAAAACAUUGUAAUAUGUGAUAUAAUGAGCUAAGCGAAGUUUAUGUCAUUUAAAAUACAUUUUAAGAUUUUUAACAUUGCAUCAUCAUCCUCUAGUAAUCAGUCUUCCUCGUUCACAGAUCCCUGAGCUGUCUGGAUUCAAUAAUUUAAGAUUUGACAACCUUAGAUUGUUCCAUUUUUUGAAGUAUAUAUUGGAGUUGUCAUCAUAGAAACAUGUCCUACCUUUCGUGAACAGGGAAAUAUCCUGGUGUGGAAUUGUCCAUUUGUGUCAAUAUUUUAUUGGGCCCAACUCUUCACGUGUAAUGAUUUGUAAUUGUGACUGAUGUUACUAUUAUUAAAACAUUGGUGGGGAUUUGGGAGUCAAAAUAAUGUAUUCAUA